AUGCCGGCAGCCCGCGCCGGGCCGCGCCGGGCCGCCCUGCGCCCGCAGCACCGCGGUGCCCCGUCUGUGGUGAGCCGCCCUCCUCUGGGCACCUUCUCCGCCCCGCUCGCCUCCUCCUCCCACGGAGCCACCCUCCUCCUCCGCCCCCUCUCCUUGCCAGCCUCCUCCCCGCCCUUCCCCGCACUCCACGCCGGUGCCGGAGCCGCGCGUCACUCGGGCUGCAGCCCCGCCGCAGACAUGGCGACACUGACAGCAGUGCAGCCGCUCACGCUGGACAGAGAUGUUGCAAGAGCAAUUGAGUUACUGGAGAAACUGCAAGAGUCUGGGCAAGUGCCAGUACACAAGCUACAGUCGCUGAAGAAGGUGCUGCAGAGUGAGUUUUGUACAGCUAUCAGAGAGGUGUAUCAAUACAUGCAUGAAACCAUAACUGUUACUGGCUGCCCCGAGUUCCGAGCCAGGGCCACUGCAAAGGCAACAGUUGCUGCUUUUGCUGCAAGCGAAGGCCACUCGCACCCGCGGGUGGUAGAGCUGCCAAAGACUGACGAAGGCCUGGGCUUUAAUGUCAUGGGAGGAAAGGAGCAGAAUUCACCCAUUUAUAUUUCUCGUAUCAUUCCUGGAGGAGUGGCGGAAAGGCAUGGAGGGCUCAAACGGGGGGACCAGCUGCUCUCGGUCAAUGGAGUGAGCGUGGAAGGAGAGCAUCACGAGAAGGCAGUGGAGCUGCUGAAGGCGGCCAAGGACAGCGUCAAGCUGGUGGUGCGCUACACGCCCAAGGUGCUGGAGGAGAUGGAGGCUCGCUUUGAGAAGCUGAGAACAGCCCGGCGCCGGCAGCAGCAGCAACUGCUCAUCCAGCAGCAGCAGCAGCAGCAGGGCACACAGCAAAACCACAUGUCGUAGUUGCCUAAGUCUUUGCAUUAUCAGGUUAUUCUCAAGGAAAAAAAAGCCUCGCUCAAGAGCUCAGUAAUCAAGCAACAAGAGCUGUACUUCAGGAUUCCAGCAAAAGGAAACAACUACAGGAAGAGAAAACAGAGUUCAUCUGGAGGAUGUGCAGUACAAGAAUAAUGUAGUUAAGAGAGCCAUAGGGAAGGUACCUUUCAUGAUAAGGCUUUUCAGCACGCAGCAGUCACAGAUUCAUAGCACUCCUGUGACUCUCCCUAACGAGAGCAUCAUGAUGGGCAAACCCUGUGAAACAGAGAUGUGUCAGGGCUUCCACACAGUGCUGCGUGAUCUAAUCUUGCACUCCUUAUUCUUAACACCUUGGCCAGUUGGCUUUCUCUAGUCGGUGAAAAUUUCUGGUUUAAGGAGGUCAAGAUUGGCUGCUUUUGGGGACAGGAUCUUUCUCUGUAGUUAUCUCCAGCAACCACCAACCACAUCAGUCCAAAACGUUACCGCAGAGCGACAUCAAGCGCGUACAUCACGCUUCCUAGCCACUUUGUACUAUAUACUGUAGAGCUGUUUUAACCUAACUUACUGUUUGUAAUUUCCAGUUUUCCCUCUGGAAAUAGGAAUUUACUAUAUUUAUAAAGGAUUCCAUUUGUAGAAGCAAUUUGGCUUUUUACUCUUGGUGUUUCCGUCUCUAUUUUAUUAUGCAUCGAACAGAGUGAGGAAGUUUUAGGUCCAUUUUAGUUUUAUGAGUAGUAAAGUUAGGGAAUCCUAGAACUGUAUUUUUAAACUUAGGUAUUGCUUGUAUCUAUUAUAGCUACUAUUCAGAAUUCUAGAACUGGAUAUAUUCUAUAUUUAUUCCAUAAAAUCUAUAUUGUCUCAAUGUACCUUUUAGAGGAAGUAGGGUCUUUGCUUAGCAUGUGUUGCAAACGUAGUAAGCUAAUGUUAGCAAAAGACCAAGCUUUGUUUGGCAGAUACUCCUGUGAGAACAUCAUCUCAGCUUUUCUGUGUUCUUUAAGUUGUUUUCCAGUCUAAUAUUUUAGAAGGGAGGGGGUACUAAGUUGUUUCUGUUAAGACUCACACAUUUCGGAGUUAGACUUCUGAUUUCUUUCUUUGUGGGUUUUUGUUUUCAAGCGAACCAAAUUGGAGUGUGUGAACGAAAUAAGUUGUGAAGUUUACAUGUCUGCUUUUCCAAAGAGAACAGAGGAAGCUGGGAGGCUGUAAGUGGCAUCUGUUUUCAGUGAGUCUUUAAAAAAAGGUAAAAAUGACCAAAAAAAAAAAAAAAAAGUCCAAAAAUGGAUCAUUUUCAACAUGCCUCCUGUGCUCCAUAAGAAAAGGCUGGGGGAGAAAAGGAGUUUAGGGAAGAAGCCUUGCAUGUCGGAGGCCCCCUUCAGAUAUUGAAAGGCCACAAGAAGGUCACCUCAUUGUGGCCUUCCAGGAUCUGAAGGGGCCUACAGAAAGGCUGGGGAAGGACUUUUCAGGCUAUCAGGGAGUGACAGGACUGGGGGGAAUGGAGGGAAUCUGGAGAUGGGUAGGUUCAGGCUGGACAUGAGGAGGAAGUUGUUGAGCAUGAGAGUGGUGAGAGGCUGGAAUGGGUUGCCCAGGGAGGUGGUUGAGGCCCCAUGGCUGGAGGUGUUUCAGGCCAGGCUGGCUGAGGCUGUGUGCAGCCUGCUGUAGGGUAGGGUGUCCCUGGGCAUGGCAGGGGGCUUGGAACUGGCUGAUCCUUGUAGUCCCUUCCAACCUUGACUGACUCUAUGAUUCUGAUGCUAUGACUCCAGCUGAGGUCAGUGUAAGGUUAGUAACAUGAGAAAUGUCAGCAUGGUCUGAGCCACUGUUCUGGUUGUGAACUUGGAACAAAGAAACGGUUAACAUUUUGGAGAAACCACAGAGAGAAAAGCAAAAGAGGGAAACCUGUCAGUAUCAGAGCACAUGGUAGAAACCAAAUACAGUCCAGCCAACAGUCUUGACAGUGUUUGAUUGGUGUAAGUAGCCACUGAAAGGAAAGCAUUGUAUUUUUAAAACCAAACAGCAUGAAUUUAUCCAGAGAAGCCUCAUUUUAUACAGAGAAGUAAUUCUAUCUAGUGGUCAUUGAUGACAGUAUUAAUUAAGACAGUGGAGUUGGAGAACUACCAGGAUUAAAGAUGAAAUAUAUUGUAUUAUGACCUGCAUGGUGUCUUUUUAUACUUAAUAAAAUUGUACCUACCUAUUUUAAAUCUGUACUCUCAAGCAGGCACUGCUGUGGAUGGUACAUAAAAUGUUAUUAUGACUGCAUAUAACUGCUCUGUGUCUCAUCAGUGUGACUUGAAUUACACUGCUAACUGCAUUUGCAGAGGCCAGUUACUCAGAUUGAGUCAGCUCACUGUACAGCAUUUUUCCAAACUGCCUUUCCACCUCUGCCCUCCUCUUCCUCAAAAACCAUUGGGUUUGAUGGAGUGGAAUGUGCUGGUUAAUAAGUUUCCAUAGUAGAAUGCCAUUCAUAUGAAGAAGCAGAUCAGAGUCGUUUUCAUGUAUUGUUAUUCAAUAAAUUAUUUAUACAUCCUAAAA